CGGUGGGUGGCACCUCCGCUGGUUAGUUUGUUUUGAUCCUGAUCUGAUUUAUCAUUCGAUUCGGUGUUUUCCUAUCUUAAAACCCAUCCUCUGGAUUGGCCCUCACAAUAUUCCCCAAAGCAAAACACCAAGCCCCCAACCAGCAAAGAUGACUUCCACUCAAGAACCCACAAGCUCCCAAGUUAUCGACCACAUCAUGCAGCUCAACAACGCGGGUAUCCAGAUGCUCCAGGAUCACAGGUACGAAGGGGCCAUCAGCACCUUGUCCAAGGCCGUAUCUACCUUCAAAAUGUCACUUGAUUUGCUCGAUGGCAAUGAUGGGUGCUGCAGCAAUCCUGGCUGCGAUCUGUCCUUUACUUUCCAACUAUCCAAUGCCGCCGUCAGAGCCGCAGAGAGUGGAGGCGACGAAUUCAGCAGCGCACCCUCCUUUAUCUUUGACUCUCCCAUUCGAGUGGCACACUGCCUAACGAACGUCGACCAAUUCGACAUCAAAAGUUCAACGCAAGACCAACUCAAAAUGUUUUCCUUUGCACUCGUCUUUAACUGGGCACUGGCGUUCCACCUGGCAGCUCCGCAAGGAAACACCGUCAAGGAACACAGACGCCUCACCAAGGCAUUGGCCUUUUACAAGUUGGCACUCAAUAUGAUUGAGAAUGAGAAUCUAAACUUGGGCAUCAUGGAAGCCCUGGCUGUAAUCAAUAACCAAGCUCAAGUUUAUCUCAAGCUGGGUGACCGGAACCAUGCUGAUCAAUGCUAUGAUCAAGUUCGAAGUGACAUCAUGUUGGUUGCAGACUGCGGCCGCCAACAAGACAUCCUGCUCUUUGAACAGUUCUUUGCCGCUGCAGUCUUCGAGCCAUCAAAGUUCGCCCCCGCAGCAUGAAGGAUCGAUAUAAGUACCAAUUGAAAGCCAAUACCACUGUUUAUAAAUCUUAGCAAUGGAUUUGUCAUCAUC